UAUUUUCUUCGGUUCCAGCUCCCUUUUCUCUGUCAACUGAGGAAUGGAAAAUGGCAGUGCCAGUAGAAAAUGUUUUAACAAGUGGUAGAGGACUGGAAUUCUGUAUGGAAUGCAAUUCAUUGUGGUUGCUGAACCAAAUGAAAGGCUUUUGCCUUUGUUUCCCUUUCUUUCUGAAAUCUAUUUAUUCAGAAAGAUUUCAGAGCAAAUCCUUAUCCAGCCAUAUGGAAAUAAUUGGGUUAGAUGGCUGCUAUCUAAUUUAAGUAUUUUCUUCAAACAUUUGGAACUAAUUUGGGUUCAAGAAAGCAUAGGUUGACACUAUGCUUCAUUUUAGCCAAGUUUUGGAAGAAGUUCUAAAAUGUAGCAUGCAUACUCUGAAAAAUUUCAUAGACUGGAUCUAUAGGUUAUAAUUUAGUUUGUCCUUCCAACAUUAAAUUAUUUUAAUCCUAGUUAUAAUUUCACUAAAGGCUGACUUUACUCACCAGCUUGAUAUAGCUGCACACACCAUCCACAACCCUGUUAUUUAAACACAAUUCAGAGAUCAUAAGUAGGAAUUCAAAAAGAGAGCUCAAUUCUGCAAGAAGACAUUUGAUGCCCUCUCAGAAAUUUGCCAAAGACCUUGUGGCUCUUAAAAUAUCCUUUAUUUCCCUACCAACCAAACUUGGCAGUUUGAGGAUUAUUCAUAAUAAAACAAGACAUUUUAUCAACUCACAAUAUGUAGCUUUUUGUUUGGGAAUUAAGUUUGUUCAUUAUUAUUUUUGACUAGAAAUGUGUGCAGUAAUACAAUGGUCAUCCAGCAAAUUCUAGGAAAAAAAAUUACUCCUUUAUUCAGAAUUCUAGCAAAUAUUUCUUGGAUACUGGCUGUGUGCAGGGUACAAUAGUGAAUGUUUCUGAUGAAAAAGAAAAGAAUUACAUUUGAUUUUUGACCACAGAAGCGGAAGGAUGAAAACAUAAUAUGUCAAGUGCCAUAAAGAAAUCUUGCUCAAAUGCUCUGAGGAAUGAGAGCCUGCAUGGACUGUGGGCUGUGGCCUGAGUCAUCCAGAGGACAUGUUGUAAAGGAAGUGGAAUAUGAGUUUUGAUGACCAGCCAGAGGUCAAGAUGCAAAGAUGGCGGCUGCUUGGGAAGCGAUCUGGACAGGACUACUGGGACAUUCUUAACAAGGGCUCAGAGCUGAGGAUGAGUGAGAAGCAGUAAAUACUGGUUGGGUUUCAGUUGCAUGCAAAUUAAAGCAAACAGAGAUGUACGUCACAGAACAGUUAAUCUGCCAUGUGCUUAUAAGCUUGAUUGUAAAAUAAGAGAAACUACAUUUUGGAAGAGUUAUCUUGUGACGUUGGGAGGUUAUUCUGACAGUCAAUGUGGAGUUAAUAAAAGCUGCACUGGGCUGGAUUGGAACAGAGAGAAGAAGAUAAGAGUUAGGACCUGCUUGGAAGAGGGGAGGAAGUGGAAGGGGAGGAAUUAAGGAUAACUGUGAAGAGCCAAGCCUGGGAACUGACCCCGUUAAGAGUCAGACAAGCCAAGAGAGACAAACAGCUGGUGGAAGAACAAAGGCCAAGCUAUGAUAGCCACCGGUGGGGUGAUCACUGGCCUGGCAGCCCUGAAGAGACAAGACUCGGCCCGAUCCCAGCACCAUGUCAACCUCAGCCCCUCUCCCGCUGCCGCCGAGGAGAAGAAACCGGUCAGGAGGCGGCCCCGGGCCGACGUCGUGGUUGUUCGUGGCAAAAUCCGGCUUUAUUCCCCAUCUGGUUUCUUCCUCAUUUUAGGAGUGUUUAUCUCCAUCAUAGGGAUAGCAAUGGCUGUCCUUGGAUAUUGGCCCCAGAAAGAACAUUUCAUCGAUGCUGAAACAACACUGUCAACAAAUGAAACUGAGGUUAUUCGGAACCAGGGCGGUGUGGUGGUUCGUUUCUUUGAGCAGCAUUUACAUUCUGAUAAAAUGAAAAUGCUGGGUCCUUUCACCAUGGGGAUUGGCAUUUUCAUCUUUAUCUGCGCGAAUGCCAUUCUGCAUGAAAACCGCGACAAGGAAACCAAAAUCAUACACAUGAGGGACAUCUAUUCCACAGUCAUUGACAUCCACACACUGAGAAUCAAGGAGCAGAAGCAUUUGAAUGGCAUUUACUCUGGCUUGAUGGGGGAACUGGAAAUGAAGCAGAAUGGGAGCUCCUGUGCCUCGAGAUUGGCAGGAAAUACAGUCACCUCUUUCUCAGGUUUGCGGGGCAGCUUUCGGACGAAUAGCUCUGUGGAGGAGGAUGAACUCGUGCUCGGUGACAGUAAGAGUCUGGGGCAGCUCAUGCCUCCUCUGCUCUCUGACAGCUCUGUCUCAGUCUUUGGCCUUUAUGCACCUCCUUCCAAGGCAGCUGACGACAAGACCAGUGGCUCUAAGAAGUGUGACACCAAGUCCAUCGUGUCAUCGUCUAUCAGUGCUUUCACACUGCCUGUGAUCAAACUUAAUAACUGUGUCAUUGAUGAGCCCAGUAUAGAUAACAUCACCGAGGAUGCCGAUAACCUCAAGAGCAGUUCAAGGAAUUUGUCAAUGGAUUCCCUUGUGGUCCCUCUGCCCAACAUGGGCGAAUCCUUCCAGCCCGUCAGCACGGGGCUCCCGAGGAAUAAUUCUAUUGGGGAGUCACUGUCCAGCCAGUACAAGUCCUCUGUGGCCCUCGGACCUGGGGCCGGACAGCUAUUGUCACCUGGGGCUGCUAGAAGACAGUUUGGUUCCAACACCUCCUUGCAUUUGCUCUCCUCACACUCCAAAUCCCUAGACUUAGAGCGGGGACCCUCCACCCUAACUGUUCAGGCUGAACAGCGGAAACAUCCCAGUUGGCCUCGGCUCGAUCGGAGCAACAGCAAAGGAUAUAUGAAACUGGAGAACAAAGAGGACCCGAUGGAUAGGUUACUUGUGCCCCAAGCAGCAAUCAAAAAGGACUUUACCAAUAAGGAGAAGCUUCUUAUGAUUUCAAGAUCUCAUAAUAACUUGAGUUUUGAACAUGAUGAGUUUUUGAGUAACAACCUAAAGCGAGGAACUUCUGAAACAAGGUUUUAAUGUUUAAAACAAUAUCAUUUUCCAAGGCUAUAUAUUUUAAAACUGUUUUUACCAGUGCUUCCUUCUUAAAGCAUUGGCUAUAAGCUUUUUAAAACAAAUGUUUUCUGAUGUACUAGAACUGGCUGCAUAAUUCUGUAAUGGAGAUGGUUGUAUGUUUAGGCUAUGAUUCUGUUUUUUUCCAUCUUGGAAAGCAUGAUCUUUUUUUUCCAGUAUGAAUACAAAAUGUUUGCAUCCCAAUUAAAACUGUGCUUUACUUUUAAGUUCUUCCAUUGAUUGUCAUAUUCAGAGAAUGAAAGAUUCAGUAGGGUCCCCAAGUGUGAACUAGAAGUACCAAAUUCAGGCCCAGUACUCAGUAUAUAUUUAUAAAUGAGUGUAAAUGUAAUUCUUAAAAUGCAGUUUUCUGAAUAAUUGCUUUACUGUUGAAGAAACAGAUCUAAAUACUUGAAUUGACCAAUGGGUUUAGUUCUAUGUAAGCUCAAUAAUAAGACUUGGGUAAGUUGGUUGUGACUGUUACUAUGAGUUCCAGGUAGAUCAUAUUUUUUCAACAUUAGUUUUGCUUCAGUGCUGUUUUCAUCAAGAAAUAAUGUAUUCAAGAGCCAUGGCUGAGAAUGCCAGAUGUACUUAAUGGAUAAAUGUAAAAAAUCCAUUAACUAUAACUUUAGAUAUUCAGAAUUAUAAUUUCUUUGCAAACCGACUUAAAAAUGAAUAAACCAGUGUGGUUUGUAGAAAUGCUA